AACUGUGAAUGUUGCACUCCCAUCAUUAUUUUAUCAUUAGUCCAAACUAUUUCAGUCAUAUAAAACCGUUGCCAUUGAAUCCAGCAACCAUAACUCUCUCUUGGAAGUUCACAGUUAGCGCAAGAUUGCAACCAUGAAGUCCAUCCUGGUGUUAUCCAUUGUUAUCUACAUGAUGAUCCGCUCGUCAAAUUGUGACCCUGACACUGAAACUCACAGCAAUAUUAAGCAAGAGAAAAUCAAAUCUAUCGCUCCCGCUAUUGACGGUGCCAAAAUCGGUGCCGGCUGGCCUCAAAUAUCAUCCCCAAAGGAAAACGAUAAAAUUCGGAUGCCAAAUCCGAUAAUGGGUAUUGCCAAACCAGGUAGCAACAUGGAAGCUGGAGGUGCUUUCGGAGGAGUGAAAAGCGGUUGUACUGGUAAACCUGUCCGCGGAUCGCAGCCACCAAUGAUGCCAAUUAAGGCCUCGGGUGCGUCGUUUGGUGGACUAUCAGCUAACCAUGGAUCAAUAAUCAAAAUGACGAUGAAGCCCCCGAUGGGUGUUAUAUCUGAGGUCAAACAUUGAACUAUGAAGUGAUGAAAAAUUAUACGUAACAGAACUGUCUGCGUCAUAAAUUAUGUUGUAUAUCAAAUCAACAUUUUUUUCUUAGUUGUGCUUAGUCAAAUGGGA